AAAGUAGUUCUAUAAAAAAAAAACAAAAAAUGUUUAGGAAAUGUGUAGCGACUUUUGUGCAAAAUAAAAUUGCUAACAUUGCUGGCUCUUCGAGGCCGACACUUUGCCAAUCUUUGUAUGAACGCCCCACGCACAGUAAAGCCAAUAGUCGUCCACCGAAAAUCCUAAUCACCGGCGGUCUGGGUCAACUUGGCAUUGAAUGCGCCAAAGUUUUGCGCUCACAAUAUGGCGACGACAGUGUUGUGCUCUCCGAUAUUAUCAAACCUGGCAGGGAGGUGAUCGAGAGCGGUCCUUAUAUAUUCGCGGAUAUUUUAGACUUCAAAGGGCUGCAGAAGAUUGUCGUUGAUCAUCGUAUCGAUUGGUUAAUACACUUUUCAGCGUUGCUGAGUGCUAUUGGUGAGCAAAAUGUGCCGUUAGCAGUACGCGUCAAUAUUGAGGGUGUACAUAAUGUCAUUGAACUCGCCAAGCAAUAUAAUUUGCGCAUUUUCGUACCGAGCACAAUUGGCGCAUUCGGGCCAGACAGUCCACGCAAUCCUACACCGAAUGUGACGAUUCAGCGUCCACGUACCAUGUAUGGCGUCUCCAAAGUGCAUGCCGAGCUAAUGGGUGAAUAUUAUUUCCAUAAAUUUGGUUUGGAUUUCAGAUGUCUGCGUUUUCCGGGCGUCAUUUCAAGCGAUCCACCCGGCGGCGGUACUACUGACUACGCCGUCGCCAUAUUCCAUGAAGCUCUGCGCACUGGCAAGUACACCUGCUAUUUGCGUCCAGAUACGCGUCUACCAAUGAUGUACAUUGAAGAUUGCUUGCGUGCCCUUUUGGAAUUCAUGCGUACUCCAUCUGAUCGCCUGAAACGUCGCGUCUACAACGUUACUGCGAUGUCCUUCACACCCGAAGAGCUGGUGGAGAAAUUAAGCACCUAUGUACCCAAUUUGCAUGUAACCUACAGACCGGAUGGUCGGCAAGACAUUGCCGAUUCAUGGCCGCAAGUAUUUGAUGACUCUGAGGCUCGCCGUGAUUGGGGUUGGCAACAUAAAUACGAUCUUAAUAAUUUAGUUGAUUUUAUGGUGAAAGAUGUGCAAGAAAACUAUAUUGAUAAAGAAAAAGCAAAUAUGUAUGCUGCCACUUCGAGGGCUUCAACCAGAUGAGUAUUUCCAAGCCCAAUAAUGCCAAUAUUGCCAAUUUAUGCAUUUUUUUUGUACAUAUUUAAAAGUAGUAUUUUUAACACUAAGAAAUUUUUAAAUAAAAUUAUUUUAAUGCUCUUGGGGAGCGCGAAUGAUCGUCGAAAAAUAA